AUGCAAGCUAGAAGGCGCCUGCUGACCCAAUUGACCAAGAUGAGCAACGCAGCAGCUUCAGGAACCGCUGGCAUGUUCAAGUAUCAGCCACCCGUCAACAGAAACAUGACGGAGUUGGACCGGUCGUUUUUCGUAACACGAGUGCCAAUGGUGGUGGUCCAUUUCCCGGAGCCCAAAAACAUCAGUCUGUUUUCGAAUAAGUUCAAGAACGAAGUUCUGAGGCUCCCAAGGGUCUCAAGGGUCGUGAAGCUCGAAAAUCCGGACUCUGAGCCACCUUUGAAGAAACCUACACCAGCCAACGACAAUCACAUCAAGAAGGGCGUCUUGCUGACAGACAGCGUGAGCAGCGUGGAAGAGGCCAAGGAGAAACUUCCUGCUGAGGCGCUCGAGUUUUUGGAGGCGAACGGGGGCGAAAUUCGGCCGUACGAGUACGUUAUGGACUACGACUUCUGGAAGCCCGAAGAGAUCUUCCGCGCGAUCCUGCCUGAGCAGUUCCUGGACGAGAUUCAGUCCGGAUUCACCGCUACGGGCCACAUAGCACAUAUUAACCUGAGGAACGAGUACAAGCCCUACGGCAAGCUGAUAGGACAGGUCAUCCUCGACAAAAACAGCAAGAUAGAGACCGUGGUCGACAAGGUGGACUCGAUCGCGACCAAGUUCAGGACCUUCCAGAUGCAGGUGCUGGCGGGCAAGGAGGACCUGGUGGUGGAGCAGCGCGAGUCAAACUGCGUCUUCAAGUUCGACUUCAGCAAGGUCUACUGGAACUCUAGGCUGCACACAGAGCACGAUCGGCUGAUCCAGAAGUUCCAGCCCGGCCAGGUCGUGGGCGACGUGUUCGCCGGCGUGGGACCCUUCGCGGUGCCCGCGGGCAAAAAGCACGUCGCGAUGCUGGCCAACGACCUGAACCCUGAGAGCUUCAAGUACCUGCAGCACAACAUCGCGGAAAACAAGGUCGCGGGCUUCGUGCAGCCAUUCAACUACGAUGGGCGCGAGUUCAUCCGCGAGAGCCCGCGUCUGCUGCAGGAAUGGCGCCGCAGCAGCGGCGGCGCCGUGACGAUCCCCGGAGGGCGCCGCUACAAGGACCCGCAAACCGGAGAGACCAAGCGCACGGCGCCGCGCGAGGUGGCCAUCCCACCGUUCUACCACCACUACGUGAUGAACCUGCCGGACAGCGCGCUGACGUUCCUGGACGAGUUCGUGGGGCUGUACUCGAGACACCCGGAGCUGGCCGAGCACGUGAAGGCCCUGCCAGAGUUCCAACUGCCGUGGAUCCAUUGCCACUGCUUCGAGAAGUACGACCACGAGGAGCAGCCCGAGCCCAGCAUGGCGGAGCUGCACCGCCGCGUGCACCGCCGCGUGCUGCAGAUCAUGGGCACGUCCGAGGACGUGCUGCCGUUCACGUCGCUGGAGUUCCACCUGGUGCGGAAGGUGGCUCCGACGAAACCGAUGUUCUGCGUGAGCUUCCAGCUACCGGUGGCGCUGGCGUGA